CGUCGUUAUUCAUCGUCCGCCACAUUUUUCUCUCCCGGCGAAUGCUGGACAAGCGAUUCGCCGCGCUACCUAAUCGAUUCAAGUUGCACCGAAUUUCAUAGCAACGAGUGAGAUCGAACUGCUCGCGAACCGACGUCCGAGAAAACCGGGCGGAAUUAGAACCGAAAUUGUAUUCUCAGGUAGGAUCGGUCCGACAGAUAGGACGGAACGGUGAAAAUGUAAACGACGUGUUUGGGAAUCAAUGGUGUCGGACACCAGAUAUCACCCGAAUGAUUUCACCAGUGAUCGACGGAUCACUUUGAACGGAAGAUUGUUCCGCAAUGACGUGUCUGUCGGUUUAUCUCGGUCCCGUUUCCGCGCGAUGCCGCAAUAUCCUUCCGUGGCGUCCAGUUUGCCACACCUCGCUUGUCCAUAAGUAAAUUAGUGCCAGCAACGAAGAACAAUGACUUCUUGGAAGCUCCUGUUUUUCCUCUGGAUUCAACUUCUACCGUUCAUCUCGUCCGAGUACAAGGACGCGGAGAGCCAGUGCGCCUCUCAACGAACCUGCACCAGCUGUCUGCGGACCCCGCAAUGCGUCUGGUGCUCCAACACGGAGUCAUCCGAGAACCACAACGGUGGUUUGGUGCGCUGCAUCACCAGGGCAAAGUAUCAUAAGGAACGCGGCAACUGGUGUCCGAAAUCUCACGUGAUCAACGAACAGAACUAUUUAACUACGCUCGAGAAUCGAUCGCUGUCUGCUGCUAAAGGCAGCGUCCCCGUCCAAAUUCAGCCGCAGAGGGUUAAGCUGAGACUUCGACGAGGCGAGGAAUACCGCUUAACUCUCAAUUACAGUCUAGCAGAGGACUAUCCGGUUGAUUUGUACUAUAUCAUGGAUCUGUCGUACACCAUGGAAAGCUACAAGGAUCAGUUGUCACAAAUCGGGCAGGACAUAGCCGACGCAAUGCGAAAGCUCACCUCCAAUUUUCGUCUGGGAUUCGGCAGUUUCGUCGACAAAGUUGUGCUGCCUAUGACCAAUCCCAAACACGUGCUACGUAAAACGGACGCCUACCCUUACGGUUACAGGAAUCAGAUGCCGUUGACCGACGACAUAUACUCCUUCAAAGACAAAGUGCAACGGGCAGUGAUAUCCGGUAAUCUGGACGGGCCCGAAGGCGGCAUGGACGCAAUCAUGCAGGCUGUAGUUUGCACCAAGGAAAUCGGAUGGCGGCGACAGGCCAGACAUCUUAUCGUGUUCUCGACAGACGCGACGUCCCAUAUCGCCGGAGACGGUAGACUCGCCGGUAUCAUCGAGCCGAACGAUUGCAAGUGCCACUUGGACGAGCAUGGAAACUACACGUACUCGCUCUUGCAGGAUUACCCUUCUAUAGCUCAGAUCAACAAGAUGGCACGCGAGCACAACGUCAACAUUAUCUUCGCGAUCACCGACAACAUGUACGAGUCUUACAAGGCUCUCAGCGGUCGUAUCGCUGGUUCUUCCAUAGACAUCAUGCACAAGAACUCGAAUAAUCUGGUGACGAUCAUCAGCAGCGAAUACGAGAAACUGGUGCAGUCCGUGUCGCUUACGGACGAUGCGCCGAAGAUGAUCGACCUCAAGUAUUUCUCCCGAUGCUUGGACAGAAAUAAAGAACUGCAGGAACGACGGGAAUGCGGAGGUUUGCGAGUGGGGAACAUUGUUUCGUUCGAACUAGCGUUUAAGGCGGUCGAGUGCCCAACGGAUGCCAGCGAAUGGCAGCAGACCAUGUAUAUAAGGCCCGGGGGCAUAAACGAGAGCCUGAGGAUCGACUUGACCAUCGCGUGCGACUGUCCCUGCGCACAACCGGGACAUCCGGGGUACGAGCCAGCCUCGGCGGACUGCGGAGGGAACGGUACCUUGAUCUGCGGCGGUUGCGACUGCGACGACGGCUUCCAUGGGACAACCUGCGAGUGCGGGGGAAACGACGUCGACAUGAAUACCGAAGCCGACUUGUUGAAGUGCAAGCCUAACAACGACACCGCCGAUAUCUGUAGCGGCAACGGAGUUUGCAAGUGCGGCGUAUGCGAUUGCACGCGGCGGCCCGAUCCGAAGCAAUUUUUCUAUGGAACAUACUGCGAGUGCAACAACUUCUCCUGCAACCGCAGUGGAGGAUUGAUUUGCGGCGGACGUGGCGAGUGCGAAUGCGGUACUUGCAAUUGCGAUGCCGGAUGGGGCGGCGAAACCUGCAACUGCUGGCAGUCGAACAGCACAUGCUUCCCCCGCGGUACCGAGAUGGCGGAGAUGUGCAGCGGACGAGGUCACUGCGUCUGCGGUAAAUGCCAUUGCCAGGAGAAGGACAACAUCCGGUACUCGGGAGAGUAUUGCGAGGAGUGUCCGACGUGUCCAGGACAGCUGUGCGAGGAGCUGAAGAACUGCGUGGAGUGCACAGCGUACAACAGCGGUCCUUACGCGGAGAAUGGACUAUGCGAAACUUGUCCCCACGAGAUCGACAUCGCGGACGUCGUCGAGGAGGACUCCGUCCAAGAUUUGCAAACCGUGUCUACAGUCUGCCGUACUCCAGGUGACGCGGGAUGCACCUUCAUCUUCAAGUAUCAUCAGCAUAGACAGGGUUCCGGAGGCGACAUUAAAGUAUUCAAUAUCGUCGCCCAGAGGGAGAGGCAGUGUCCCGAGCCACUUGACAUUUUUGGCGUUGCUGUCGGAUUGGUGGCCGGCACGGUGUUCCUCGGCCUCCUGAUCCUGCUGAUCUGGAGGGUGGUAACGACCAUAUACGAUAAACGAGAGUUCGCGAAAUUCGAGCGGGAGAGAGCUCUGGCCAAGUGGAACAGGGAGGACAACCCGUUGUACAGACAAGCCACGUCGACCUUCAUGAACCCCGCGUACCACGGAGAACAGUAAGACGAAACGAAGGCUGGUAGCGGAAUUAAGUUCUCCGAUGGAGAACUUCGAUCUCGAUGCAUCGCAUCUCCACAUCCUGGGAGGAAACGGUCUCGUUGCGUUCGAAGGGAACGCGACGCGGCAGGUAGCGCCGCGGAAGGCGCGCGAAACGAAGCGGCCGGGACGCCAUGUUGCUUAAUUACUGUCGGCGGGAUGCUCGGCCGGCAGGAAUUAUAGUAAUGUCUCUCUAAUUGACGCUCAGAUUGUCCAGAAAAGUGGACAAUUUGGGAAAAGGAGAUACGAUUG